AUGUCGAAUAUAGAGGAUAGGAUCAUUCUUAUGAACUUGUUAAGUCGAAACGGAAUUUUAAUGGAUGUACUUCAUUCUGAAUUUGAUGAACAGCCUGGAACUAUUUUAGAAAAUAAUUUAAUUUCGUCAGACCAAAGUAAUCUGUCUGAUAAAAUUAUGAAUCAUGUUACACUGAAAAUUGAUGUGUCUCACACUGAUCAUGGUCAUUUAAUCGGUCGUUAUGGAUGUAAUAUAAAAGCAGUCGUGAUGAAAACUCUUUGCCAUAUACAUUUUCCAGAUUCAAACAAAAAUAACUUAUCCAAUAAAAGUAAUCAGGUUUCCAUAUCUGGUUCACUGAGAAAUGUUGAAAAAGCUAGGAGAAUAAUAAGGGAUCUACUUCCGAUAACAUUUACUUUCGAAAUACCAUAUUUAAUUAACGAAAAUUUAUCUACCAAUCAAAUUUCACCAUUAAUUCAACAAAUUCAAAUGUAUUUAAGGUAG